CCCUUUGUUCACGUGCAAUGUUUUAGGUUUUUGUUUGCUUUCUCCACCACUCAAUGCACAAGUCAUUUUCUUCUAUAUAACAUCAUCAAUCUUUGCACCAAAUUCUUUACCCUAUCCUAAUUUCCUCCCAACAACCAAAAAAUAAAAAUAAAAAUGGAGUCAUCAAAGACCAAAAUAACAACUCUUUUUUUCAUCUUCAUGCUUCUCAUUUCUUCAUUUUCUCCUAUUCUUGGAUGUGGCCAUUGCAAAAAACACAAGAAAAAGCCCAUUAUAACUAGUCCACCACCACCACCAACAGAGGGUACUACUACUUGCCCAAUUGAUACUAUUAAGCUUGGGGCUUGUGUUGAUCUUCUUGGUGGGCUUGUUCAUGUUGGGCUUGGUAAUCCUGUUGUUAAUGAAUGUUGUCCAAUUAUUGAAGGGCUUGUGGAAAUUGAAGCUGCUGUUUGUCUUUGUACAACUCUUAAGCUUAAGCUUUUGAAUCUUAACCUUUAUGUACCUUUGGCACUUCAAUUGCUUCUUACUUGUGGCAAGACUCCACCUCCUGGCUACACUUGCUCUUUGUAGAAUUUUUGAGUUACUUGCAUUAUAAAUUCAAUUUAG